AUGAACACCCAACACCAAUUCCCCACCGUACACUGGCUCUGGGGAGGAGGUAUAUCAUACGUAUACGAAGUCCAUCCUCACAUCGUAAUCUACGAGACCUUCUCACAACAUCCGCCCUGCCCUUCCAUAAUCCAAUGCUUCUUCUACACCGACAACGGCAUCUUCCUCGAAUACAUGAGAGAUAUAUCCCUCUCUACCAGAAUCCAAGACAACCAUAUUCGAAACCAGCAAACAAAACAAGUCACUGAAGUAAAAAGACUAGAGCCUUUAUCCCUCCGAAAAAGAUGGAUGAAUGACCUUGCUCAAGCUAUUGCGUUCCUUGAAUCACUUGAUCUCGCCCAUGGUGAUCUACGACCGGAUAAUAUCCUGCUCGAUCGAGAUCAGUUGAAGGUAUCUGAUUUUGACUGUACGGCGGAGAUCGGGACGGAGUUUGAGGCUUGUAUACCCCCGUAUGGACGGUUACUUAACAGUACCGAAUCAGAUGAAGGACGAUGCGGAACGGCUGGCUUCUUAGGCCCUCGCACGGAACUCUUUGUGUUAGGCUCUUUGUACUAUCUCAUUAACUACGGUUUUGAGGUAUACGGGGAUCGACGUCUCACUGAAGAUCCUAAAAAGCAUGGACCUGAAGUCGUGGACUUGUUGCAGAAUAUGGUAUUUCCGGAGUUGAAUGGUGGUGAUUCGCUGAUUGAUGAUAUUAUCGACAAGUGUUGGCAUAAUAAGUAUGCUACGGUUGGGGAGUUGGCUGCAUACACAGAGAUGCUCGUUGAUGAAGGAACCAAUGAGGAAGGGAACAGUGCUGAAACGAGUGCUAUUACCGAAUCGCGGAAGAUGUUCUGUCGGGAUUUGGAACAACGUGGACUUCUUCGUCUGCUUUCUUCUGGUGAACCUGAGCACCUUGGGUUUGGGUUUGAGUGGUAUAGAUAUAGUUCCUGA